GAACAAUAAAUGCAGUGAGGCUGUCCGGAAAGGCUCACAAGAGGCUGAAGGAAGGAGGAGUACACUAUGACUUUGCUUUGGUAUAUCUUUGAGCUUUUAUAACUGAAAAGACCAUGAAGACACGAAUGGCAUGCGUUCUGAUUUUCAUUCAGAUCUUUGAAGGCUAUGCAGAGUUGAUGUUAAGGGAGCUGACAGAGAGCCAAUCACUGGAGCUCUCCUGUUCCCCUCAUCAGGACCACGGCAGCCCGACGGGCCUCCACCUUUACCACCGCAGCGCCCAGAGCCAAACAACCCUUCUGUCGAUGGCUAAGGGCAGCGAGUUCAGGGUCAGUCCGGACCACAGGGGGCGUUUGCAGCUCCGUGGAGGACUGGACUCCCUGCGAGUCAAUGUGACAAUAUCCCAUUUACAGCCCAGUGACACAGGACUCUACAUUUGGGAGCUGAGCUACGGAGAGGAGAGAAGCUUAGACCAGAUCAAACUCAGCGAACAAAAGGUCUUCUUGUUGGUUCAAGGGACAGGGAGGUCAUGUCCGUGCAGUUACCCUCCUCUACUCUUGACCAUCUUUACAGCAGCAGGGCUUCUUCUACUCAUUCUCAGCUGGGUGGCCAUAGAGAAAUGUGUGAAGACAAGGAGUCAACACAGACCACAUCCUUCUGCACCUAUCUAUGAGGAAAUGACCAGGAAGCAGCAGAGCCCCGGCAUCCCCCAAAAUAACCACGAGGACCCCCCCGCACACCUGGAGGAAGUCAACUUCCCUGUGUAUGCUAACCCCAACAUCCGACAACCACAGGACAACUAUUACGCCUGUCCCAGACAGCUUGCUCUCAGAGCAUGACGUGACUUCUGGCAAUGAGUUAAUAGUGCAGCAAACAGGAAAUGACACCAACUCAUACAGCAGAAGAUGAGAGUGAGAGGUUAUUAAUCACCUCUUCUCGGUACGGUGGAACGAAGGCAGAGAGACAAACGGCAAAUAACCAAAUGGCACAUUGUUAACAGCCAAGAAAAAAAGCUAUUUUAUUAAUAUUUGAAAGAAGCUCCAUAGUUCAUGAAAACAUUUGUUUCGGUGCAUGUCAUUUAACAAUCACAUUCUAUGAGGAGAAAGAGAUAUACAGAGAGAAAAAAAUAAAACAUUACAAGCCACUGACUUUUCAUUAAAUCUCAGUACAGACAUUUUUACUUAAUAUUUCAAAAGAAAAAAAAAAAAGGCCAAAAAAAAGAAAAAAGCACCCCAUAUCCCAUAUCCCCCACCCUCCAAGAAAACCUUAACAACAACUGAGAAGAAAAACCCUUGAGGGUGACAGGCUAGAAUCCCACAGUGCUAAAGAGUGAGACGCUCAUUGGUUUUAGGAAUACACAGCAUGGCGAUGUAGCGCUAGGUCAAUCUGAAUCAGGGGAAGGAAGCUGGAGGCAGGGGGCGAUAGACAUGAAUCACCUCUCCACCCCCCCUCCACCCCCUUAAAAAAAUAAAAAAUAAAAAAACAAAAAUUAACAACACAUUGGAUCCCAAAAACCCCUGCAAUAGAUCAGCCACAUAGAAGUAGGCCAUAAAAUCCCCAUCUUCCACCCACCCACCCCCCCAAACACUUGUGCAUAGUUUCAUGAUCCUUUACAACCAGCUCAUGUUUUACAAACAUCCUCCAAAAUGUGAAAAAUGUUCCACAAAAGUCUGAUUUAUCUAUUAAUAAUACCCGCUGUGGGAGAAUGAAAGAGAGAGAGACAGAGAGAGAGAGAAAGAGGAAAGAAAGAGUAAUGCACAAUGUUCCUGAUUCAGUCAGGACGGGACCUCAUUAAGAAAACACAAUAAAGAUUCAAACAUACAGCA